AUGGACCAAGUUACGCCUCUUCAUCUUGCCUCCGCGGCAACAGCACAGACUAUCGUCCAAAACAUCACAUUCAUGAGCGCCAGCUUCAAACUUGCUGCCAACAUGUAUAUUCCCACAGAUGCCCCUGAAGGACGACUCCCCGCCAUCGCCGUGUCUCAUCCCGCCAGCGGUGUCAAGGAGCAGACGGCUGCCAUCUACGCCAGUCGUCUUGCCCAAGGAGGUUUCAUCACCCUAGCCUGGGAUGCUGCCUAUAAUGGAGAGAGCGAAGGCCAGCCUCGGGGCCUUGAAGACCCUGCCCAGAGAGUCGAAGACAUCAAAUCUGCCGUCACGUUUCUCAGCAACCAUGAGCGCGUUGACCCCGACCGCAUCGGCAUCUUGGGUAUCUGCGCCUCCGGCGGCUAUGUAACCGUCGCCGCGGCCGUGGAUAGACGCAUCAGGGCAGCUGCCACUGUUAGCGGUGCUGAUGUCGGCCCAUUCUUUCGCAAAGGCUUCGACGGGAAACAAGACUCCUCGGUGGGAGAGAAUAUGCUACGAGAAGCUGCCAAGGCACGAACCGCAGCUGGAAACAACCCUGGAGAGAUAUCCGCGUUUCCCAUCUUCCCACCCAACGCGUCCGCUGCAGAGGCUCUGGGGCCGUAUGUUUACGAGGGCUGGGAGUAUUAUAACACUCCUCGCGGCUUUCACCCUCGCUCGGCAAAGGUCAUGCCAUGGAGUAGCAUUGAUAAGAUCUUUGCGUUUGAUGGUUUCACAUACGUGGACAAGAUUUCUCCACGGCCCAUCUUGAUGGUUGUCGGCACCCAAGCAGAGACCAAAUGGAUGGCAGAGGACGCGUAUCGUCAGGCAAAGGAGCCAAAGGAGAUUUUCUGGGUCGAAGGGGCGACUCACGUCGGGCUGUAUGACAAGCCUGAAUAUGUUACGCCUGCGGUCGCACGCCUGAUCCCAUACUUUCAAGAGCAUCUGGCAAUUGAUCAGCAGCAGGUGGCAUAA